AAUGUGGUAUUGAGUGAUUUUUUAGUGGUAAACAAUAUGAAAUAAAAAUUUUAUUUCAUGAAUGUCGUGGAACAUUGCAACGUCCCGAAUCGGUUUGGUAUGUAGCCGAUCGAAUAAUGGCAUGAUUCCGCCCUGCAAUUUUUAAUCCUAUUUCUUUUGUUAGAACUUCCGUCGGUAAUUAAGUAAGGCAUCUGUUAGCUACCCAUUGUCGUCAAGGGAAACAGAAUAAUAGAUAAGCAUUUCACAGCAAAAAAAGAAGAAGAAAGGACUAUAUUAAUGUUCCAGACUUCCAGCCAUUCAACUCAUAAGAAGAAAACAAUAAUAUUCCAUCCAUUCUGAACGCAACCCUUCCAUUUUUUUUCUUUCUUAGAGAUGGAAAAUCAUGACAUUUUCUCUCUCAGUGCUUCGUCACCGGGACAAGAUCCUCCUAGGCCCGACAAAGCUCAAACGAUAGUUCCAUUGUCAGUCGAAGAUCUGGUUCGGAUUGCGGCGUCCAAGUUCGUGCAGUCCCGCUCGAACGAUACGCCGCCGUUUGAUCAUCAGCUCUCGGAGGAUGAAUCCGAGAGCGUGGAGCUCGCCCACCUCCUCUUCGAAGCUGCGGAUAAAGUGGGCGACCGCAUAUUCGACUCCUCCAGCAGUGCGAUCGCAUAUUCGAGCAAGAUUGUUGUGGCGAUUGAAGGACGAGAGAGGAUUAUUAGAAACAUGAAGGUGGAUGUUUGGAGGACUUAUUUCCAACGUUACGGAAUGUGGGAGGCGGAGCUCAGCCGGUCAUACGAAGCAGAGCUUGUGACGAAACGACUGUCAAGUUGGAGUACUUGUACGGUUGGGAUGGAUGUAGAGGUGACAAUUGGAUCAGAUUCGUGGAUUCGUAGAUUGGAUUGGUGGAUCCAUGGAUUAAAUGGAUUGGAUCCAAUGGAUUGGUGGAUUCAUGGAUUGGUUGAUUGAUCCAUGAAUCCAAAUGACAUCCAAGGCUUGGACCAAAAUGUAAAAUUUGAAAAGUUUUGGUACUAAAAUGUCAUAAUGAAAAAUUUUAGGUACCAAAAUGUAAUUUUCCAAUGAUAUUUUUCGUAUAAAAAUAUAAAUUUUAGGUACGAAAAUGUAAAAUAUAAAAAUAUAGGUACCAAAUCGUAAUUUGUCAUUUGGAUCCAUGGAUUGAUCCAUGAAUCCACCAAUCCAAUUAGAUUUGGAUCAAAUGGAUUGGAUUUUGUAAGAUUUGAUAGCGCGGAAGAGAGAACACUUUGGUUUACGUGGUUCUUGCCGAUCAGAGUGAUCGACCUUACAUCCACGGAGAACAGUCUCAAGUUUAUUAUUGGUGCAGUACGUAUGGCUGCUGCUUACAUACGAAUGACCAAGACUCCUAGCUAUUUAUACCCUCCGACUUAGUACACGGGUAGGGUUUAUUGUGCAUAAUUAUAAACUAGUCACUAAACUAAGUAACUGAAAACAAUACAGCCCAAUAGAUUUAAAUGGAUUGG